GUUGUGUUGUGCGGGUGGCGGCGUUGGCCAGUCUAGCAGCGAGCAGCGUGUGUGUGAGCGAGCGAGCAGAAAAGACAGAGAGAGUUUAGCAGGCGGAGGGGAUGCGGCGGCCGCUGCUGAUGCCGCCGCGCCGCCUCCUCCUCCUCCUCCUCGUGCCCGGGGAUUCGGAGCCGCCGGCAGCGACCUGGCGACGCCUCUGAGAGCCGCCUUCGCGUCUCCCCCCACCUCAGCUUUUCCUCUCAAGUUUGCCGGGGCACUAUUUUGCUUGGCAGAUGGACCAUAAGCAACACUGAAUGUUAACUCUGGAAAUUUCAUAAGCUCUGCAGUGGCUGGGAUGUUGCGACAGAACGGUGGUGGCAACAAGCGUGGUUUAGGAUUAACCAAACUGUCUACCUCCAAUUUCUUCACCAUCUCUAAUUCAGGAACCUGGGGGAUGGGGCGCAGCACCAAGAGCAGUUCUUUGAGCAGCAUUAGCUCCAACUCGGACUGCUAUGACAGCACUGUUGUGGACCCAGAGUACAUCAUGCAACUGGUGAAUGAUGUCAGGAAAUUUGCAGAUGUUCUACUUUAUUUGAAAGAAGCCAUUCUUUCAGAAGAAAAACAAGAUUGUCUGCAUCAUGUUGUUCAUGAACGUUUGGGCGAACUCCUACGUGUGCUAAAGGCAAUCAUUAGCAAGCACCAAUGUCUUAAUUCAGUUGAUAUUCUAAGUGCUGCAGGAACAGUCAUCGCAAAAGUGAAAGCUGUAAACUUCAAGGAAGUUAAUGAAGAAAACAAGCGAGAAGUCCUAAGUGAGAUAUUCUCUUCUAUUGACACACUGGCAUUCACAUUUGGCAACAUAGUUUCAGACUUCCUUAUGGGAGAUGUGGAUAAUAGCUCAACAUUGGGUCUUCCCGUAUCUCGACAAAGUCAGUCUUUUGAAAAUCUUUCUGUGGAUUCGGGGGGAUCACUGCACGAAAAGGAUGACGUACAAGGGACAGGGCACCUUAGAGCUGAAGAGAUUGAUAGCGUUCUCCUAAGGAACGAUAAUGGAAUUGAAUCAGCUCUGUCCUAUGCUAAGGCAUGGUCAAAAUACACGAAGGAUAUAGUUGCAUGGGUAGAGAAAAAGCUUAACUUGGAAAUGGAAUGUGCUAAAAGCCUGGCAAAAAUGGCAGAAACAACUAAAGCUAUUGUUGGCCCUCAGGAUUACAUGCCAUUCCAAUCAAUAUUCAUAAAUGCAUUCCAAAAUGAUGUAGAGAACAGUCAGCUCUGGCAACAAACGGCAUCAGCUCUCCAAACUAAUAAAUUUGUUCAGCCACUCCUUGGAAGGAAAAGCGAACUGGAUAAACAAAGGAAGGAGAUCAAGGAGCUUUGGCAACGAGAACAAAAGAAAAUGCAGGAACUGGAAUCCACCGUUAAAAAAGCAAAGCUAUUAUAUCUUCAGCGGCAAGAUGAAUAUGAAAAGGCAAAAUCAUCAACUGUUCGUGCUGAAGAGGAGCAUCUGACCUCCAAUGGGGGUAUUAUUAAAGAUGUUAGUAAACUUGAGAAAAAACGAAAACUUGAAGAGGAGGCUCUCCUAAAGGCUGAAGAAGCCAAUGAACAUUUCAAAGCCAGCAUGGCUGAAGUUGAAGAAAAACGAAAUGAUCUAGAAAAUUUCAAAAGUGAUGUCUUAACCCAGCUACGGGAACUUGUUUAUCAGUGUGACCUCACACUUAAAGCUGCAACAGUUAACCUGUUCCAGAUGCAGCAUGCCCAGGUUGUGUCUCUACCAGUUAACUGUCAGUCCCUCUGUGAGAGUGCCAAGCUUUAUGACCCAGGACAGAAGUUCUCAGAGUUUGUGAAGAAUUUGCCAAAAGAUGAUGUUCCCAUUGAAUCGGGUUCCUUUGAAACUCAGAGCUCCCAGGUUGGAGGGGUUUUCAGUAAACGAUCAAACAAUGUCCAUGCAUCACAAGGAAAUUUAUCCCAGUGCUCAGGAGAUUUUCCCGCUCGGUUACUAGAAGACAUCACAAGUCCAAGCUGUCAUCGAUCUCAAAAGAUUGGAGAAAAAAGAUCAUCAAGCACCACAGAUAUCUCUGCUGUGCGUGGCCCCCCACCAUUCAGAUCCUGGUCAGUUGGUAACCAGAGUGGAGGAAUGUGCAGUGAUUCUGAAAGUGCGGGAGGAAGCAGUGAAUCACGGUCUGUAGACUCUCCAUCUGCAAGCCCAGGGGAUUUUAAAAGAAGGCUUCCUCGGACACCAUCUACUGGUACCAUGUCAUCUGCGGAUGAUCUUGAUGAAAGAGAACCACCUUCACCUUCAGACUCUGGUUUGAAUGAUCUAGCAUCUGAAAUGACCAGUUCACCUGGACCUUUUCGAAACACGAUUCUAUCUAAGGCAGCACAAACCCACAAACUGCGGAAGCUGAGGGCUCCAUCUAAAUGCAGAGAAUGUGAUAGUCUGGUGGUAUUUCAUGGAGCAGAGUGUGAAGAGUGUUCACUUGCCUGUCACAAGAAGUGCUUGGAGACUUUAGCUAUUCAGUGUGGGCACAAGAAACUCCAUGGAAGACUUCAUCUAUUUGGAGUUGAGUUUACGCAAGCUGCUAAAAAUUCCCCAGAUGGCAUCCCCUUCAUCAUAAAAAAGUGCACUUCUGAAAUUGAAAGCCGAGCCCUAAAUGUAAAGGGUAUAUAUCGUGUGAAUGGAGCCAAAUCAAGAGUUGAAAAGCUUUGUCAAGCUUUUGAAAAUGGAAAGGACUUGGUGGAAUUAUCUGAACUCUAUGCACAUGACAUAAGUAAUGUUCUUAAAUUAUAUCUUCGCCAGCUCCCUGAACCUUUGAUUUUGUUUCGGCUUUAUAAUGAAUUCAUUGGCCUUGCAAAGGAGAGCCAAAGUAUUAAUGAAGAACUGGAUAUGAAACGGAUGAGCCCCAGGUCCAAAAAAAGACAGUCAGUGUGUAUUGAACUGAAUAGGAUCAUUCUUAAAAUCAAAGAUCUACUGAAACAGCUGCCUGCACCAAACUAUAACACACUCCAGUUUCUUUUAGGUCAUCUGUACAGGGUUACUGAGCAAUCCGAUGAAAAUAAAAUGUCUGCCAGCAACCUUGGUAUUAUAUUUGGCCCAACUCUGAUCAGGCCACGUCAGACAGAUGCUACCCUUUCUCUCUCUUCACUUGUGGACUAUCCAUAUCAGGCCCGGGUAGUUGAGCUCCUCAUUACCUAUUAUGAGAAGAUCUUUGAUAUUUCGCCGCAGCCUUUAUCACCUGCACCUCGGUUAGAAGACAGUGCUGCUUGCGCUAAAAGUAUUUUAACAGCUGAAGAUAGAGAUCCAUAUCAGCAACGAAAAACGUCGCCCUGUGCUGCUGUGAAAGAAAGCAUCCAGUUGGUCCAAAAUGAGAGGAAGGAUUCAGAGGCUAGUAUAUCAUUUGAAGAACCAGAUGGCAGCAAAGACACCCACCAGAAUUCUGAUGCAUUAGUGACAGAAUGGAACUCCAAACUUGGAACUAAACAGAGUCUUGGCAGAAGGAAUUCUGCUUCAGAACCCUCUCCUGUCUCAGUUUUAGAAAACCACAUUGCACCAGCAAAAGAUCCAGGCAAUGCUGUGGCUGCAGUUUCAGAUCCAGAUAAUGAACAAUCUCCCCCUCAAGUUGAAGAUGGUGUUAAAGCCAGUCACCUUUUAAGACCGAAUCGUCAAAUAACCAAAGUUCAGUUACGCACUCAUAGGACAAAGCCAGUUGUUCGUCCUGUGAGUUUACCUCUAGGUCAAAUGCUUCCUCCCUGUGUUUUAAAUGAGAGAAACUCACGAAAUGCAGGUCUAAGUACAGAAAAUAUUGGCAGAAGUCCUAUAAUUGAAGAAGUUUCCGAGACGCAGCCACUUCCAGCUGUAAAUGCCGGCUGUAGGCUUUCUUGCUUUGACCCACAGACUCUGAAGAAAACUUGGGACAAGCAAUAUAAGCAGUAUGAUAUGACUGCAAGGACAGCAAUGAUUGUGACUAAUAUACCCCAGGAGAACCGAACACAUGACUCUGUAAACUCAAGUGCCUUAACUACACAUAGCAACCUUGCUAGCAACUCAGUAAAUGCCAUACUUCCCAAUAAGCCAUAUACGGUACCUGUCAGGGCUGCAAGGGCAACAGCAGAAGGGCAUUCCUCAGACUCUAAUAUGCUUGCUGCUUUCAGAACACCGAGAACUUUGCAACCACCACCAGGGACAUUCUAUAAGCCACCACCCAUCAGUAAGGCCAAACAGAGCGAUGAGAGCUUGGCACCCAAACCAUGUGCAGCAGUCGUCAGAGAUGAGACUCCACAGCUAGUUGUGAACCCUGGGCUUGUCCAAGGCUCCUUGGGCUCCUCUGGCCAACAUGCAAAGCAACAAAAACCCACUUCUGAAGCUCUUUCCCCUACAGACUUGAAGCCCACCUACCAGAGAUUAAGGCCAAAGAGGAUGCAAGAACUAGAACACAGGGAAGCUCACUUUGUAUAGGGUAACAACUGCUAUACAACCUUUCAAUGGGGAACUCUUUUUUUUUUUUUUUGGUAGAGGAUUUCAUCUUCGUGCCAUAUAUUGGAAUUAUUUUUAUAUAUGCCUGUAUAGACUUUUUAAAAUAUGGGAUGUGUUUAAAAAAGAAAAGAAAAAAAGCUGUGAAGAACCAUGAAGUUAUUUUUUUCAUUCAUUAGAUUUUUCUCGGAGAGUAUUUAAAUGCAUUCCAAAUAUAGAAAAAGUUAAUAAGGAGGCACAUUCAAAAGCCCUAUAAUCAAAUUUCAUGUGUGGAAUUGUACUAUUGCUUGUGAAAGGCAAUUUAUUAUGCAUGGGUGCAGCAAUGAAAGUAGCCACUUUCUCGGAGUAAAUGGUUUGUCAAGACUGCAGGGUAUAUGAAAUACAGCUACUUUAAUUUAAGAAUAAACCAAAGCUUGAAGCAGUGCUCUAAGUGUCUGUAAUCAGUUCCCUCCCCCUGACUCUGUGCAAUGAAAUGCGCCUGAAUAGAUUAUGUACUGGCCAGCAUGGCCUUUGUAUAUUGUGUGUGAAUAUACAUAUAUAGUUUUAUAUACCAAUUGAUUUUUUUUUUUUUUACUAUCUAUGUUGUUGCUUAAAAGUUGUUUGUACAGGAAAGAUGCAUUAUUAAGCUUUACUAUAAAGAUAUUUAAAAAGUGUUCUCAUCCAGUUACCAAGUGGUUUAAAUGCACAAAACCUAACUGGCUUAUUGCCUUUCAGUUGAAAAUAAUGUGGAAGUUCCUUGUUACUAAUAAGCUAUCAUUUCCCCCUUACUGUAGAAAGCUCCUUUUAUUGCUUGGUAUAGAUGAAGAAUAUAGGUCUGAGAUUUAGUGAAAUAGAUAAAAAUAACCAAAAAGCCAGCAUUUAGUAAGUGCAUUGAAUGGUUUUUCACUCUGUAUUAAAAAUUGUUUUUAUAUGUACACUGUUGCUUUAAAAAAUAUACAUUAACAUGUUAAUGUUUCACUGACUCCAUGUAUUCUAUUAUGCUUCAUCUUACUGUAUAUAGAGCCAUUUACAUGUUAAUAUAAUAUACCGUGUAUCAAUAUAUACACUCAAGUUUCUUUAAAGUUAUUCUGUACA